CCCCAACCAACAUGAGCGGAGAGCCUAUCCUUUACAGCCUUUACGUGUAUGCGCCGAACAAGGUUGCGCCCGUGGUAUUCACUGUACUCUUUGGCAUCUCAGCAGUCGGCCAUAUCUGGCAGUGCUCUCACUAUCGAGCAUGGAGAAUGAUUGGAUUGCAUCCGAUGUGCGCCGUCUUCUACACGGCAGGUUAUGCUCUACGAGAGUAUGGAGCUUUCAACUACCUAUACUCGACUACAAACCUCAACAUCUACAUCGUUAGCCAAGUCAUGAUAUACAUCUGCCCUCCAUUGCUCGAACUCGCAAACUAUCACGUUCUGGGACGAGUACUGUACUACGUCCCGUACUGUGCUCCGUUUCCACCCAACAGGAUCAUGUCCCUGUUCGGCGCUUUGGUUGCCGUUGUUGAGGCUCUCAACGGCUUGGGCGUGGCUUUCACAUCUAACCCGUCAUCCACCCAAAGCAUACAAGAGUUGGGAAGCAAUCUCACGAAAGCUUCGCUUGCGUUCCAGCUUGCAGUCAUCGUGGUCUGUGUCAUGCUCGCCGGUCUCUUCUAUCGAAAAUGCGUCAGAGAGGGAGUUCGCAGCAAGAACGUCAACGUCCCGCUCAUCAUACUUUGUUCAAGCAUGUUCUUGAUCCUCGUCCGCUGUAUCUAUCGCUUGGUCGAGCAUCUGGGCAACGUGAGACUCGCUAUCGAUGAUCUCGAAUCAAUGCGACAACUCACCCCCAUCUUACGCUACGAGUGGUACUUCUAUGUCUUUGAGUCGACCACAAUGCUGUUCAAUUCCGCCGUCUGGAACAUUUGGCAUCCUGGUCGCUACCUGCCCCGACUUCACAACGUGUAUCUCUCGCCGGAUGGCACAGAAGUCGCAGUGGAGGAACAUUCAGACACAAGGCCAUUGUUGGCCAAGGCAGGCUCUGUAUUGACGUUUGGUAUCUUCUUCCGUCAGAAAAAGGUGGAUCACGGGCAAAGUUUCGCUCUCGCCUCUGGAAAUAGUCGCAAUUCGUAGGCUUGAGCGGGCAGCGUUUCCAAGUCACAAGAUCUUCCAACAACCAAGGCAGCAGCACAUGUAGAGCAGAUACGAACCACUGAUAUGUAUAACACAAGUAACAACCGCC